AUGCCUCCGCCAGACACCUGGAUUGUGGCCCCUCCCUCCAUGAUGUCCAUUAAAAAAGUACCAAGGCAGUUGAGUUCCGCUCACGUGCGCAGGAGGCGCACCUGGACCUGGAGAACCACACUGCUCCUCCAGCACCUGGUCCUGGAGAACCACACUGCUCCUCCAGCACCUGGUCCUGGAGAACCACACUGCUCCUCCAGCACCUGGAGGUGGCCCCCCAUGAUGUCAAAAGACCAGCAGCUAGUCCGACAGCCGCAGAGAGGACCUCACCACAAGCUGCUGUCAGCGGAACACUGUUUAAGAGAAGAUACAAAAGCCACAGAGCAGAGAGGAGCAGAGAGGAGCAGAGAGAAGCAGAGAGGAGCAGAGGAGCAGACAGGAACAGAGAGGAGCAGAGAGGAGAUAGAGAGGAGCAGAGAAGCAGACAGGAGCAGAGAGGAGCAGAGGAGCAGACAGGAGCAGACAGGAACAGAGAAGAGCAGACAGGAGACAGGAGCAGACGGGAACAGAGAGGAGAAAGAGAAGCAGACAGGAGCAGAGAGGAGCAGAGGAGCAGACAGGAACAGAGAGGAGCAGAGAGGAGACAGGAGCAGACAGGAACAGAGAGGAGCAGACAGGAGCAGAGAGGAGAAAGAGAAGCAGACAGGAGCAGAGAGGAGCAGACAGGAGCAGAGAGGAGCAGAGGAGCAGACAGGAACAGAGAGGAGCAGAGAGGAGACAGGAGCAGACAGGAACAGAGAGGAACAGACAGGAGCAGAGAGGAGAAAGAGAAGCAGACAGGAGCAGAGAGGAGCAGACAGGAGCAGAGAGGAGCAGACAGGAGCAGAGAGAAGCAGACAGGAGCAGACAGGAACAGAGAGGAGCAGACAGGAACAGAGAGGAGCAGAGAGGAGACAGAGAGGAGACAGGAACAAAGAGGAGCAGAGAAAAGAAAGAGAGGGGACAGAGAGGAGACUGAGACAAAGCACACGUCACGUCCACACCGUAUGGAAGCUCCAACAAGCACAGAGGAGUCUUAUGAUGCUUUCAGACUGCCAACGCUGA